CUGCUGGUGUUUCUGCUGAUAUCGAAUAUGUACCUGACAAAGAAAAGUGUGACUUCUUUGCCCAUCUGCCCCAGUGGCUCUGUCAACUGUCAGGUAUCCCUUGGGGAACUUUUUGACCGUGCAGUUAAACUUUCACACUACAUCCACUUCCUCUCAUCAGAAAUGUUCAAUGAAUUUGAUGAACGCUAUGCUCAGGGCCGGGGGUUUAUUACAAAGGCUGUUAAUGGCUGCCACACCGCUUCCCUAACCACUCCUGAGGACAAGGAGCAAGCUCAGCAGAUUCAUCAUGAAGAUCUACUGAAUUUAGUGCUGGGAGUACUGCGCUCCUGGAAUGACCCUCUACUCCACCUGGUAACUGAAGUGCAAAGAAUCAAAGAAGCUCCAAACACCAUCCUCUGGAAAGCAGCAGAGAUUGAGGAGCAAAACAAGCGUCUUCUGGAAGGAAUGGAGAAAAUAGUUGGUCGGGUUCAACCUGGUGACACAGGAAAUGAAGUCUACUCAAGCUGGUCAGGGCUACCAUCCCUGCAAUUGGCUGAUGAGGACUCCCGCCUCUUUGCCUUUUACAACCUGCUGCAUUGCCUCCGAAGAGAUUCUCAUAAAAUUGACAACUACCUGAAGCUCCUGAAGUGUCGCCUUAUCCAUGACAGUAACUGCUAAGUAUUUGUCUGGGCCCAUCCAUCACAGGAAUAAUGCCCCCAAAUCAUUCAGAGGGGUCUUCUUGUUGCUUUGCCACUUUCCAUUGCAAACUUUAUAGAAAAUUGCAUCUCACUGUAUCAAGAACAUCCAUCAUUCUUGUUUGUGCUUAUGUAGUUUCUGGCCAAAACCAACGAUGUUGUUUAUCUCCAUGGUUAGAAGCUUGUAACAUAAAUUAUCUGUGAUGGAAGAAUACACUUGAGCUAUCUCAGCUACUGGCAUCUCAGUGGUAACCAAAUA